AUGACUGAGAAGCCCGUCAUGGCAGUGGCGCCGUGCAGAGGCCGGGCCAGAGCCCCUUCGCGCGCGGCACGCACCCAAUCGGCGAGCCGUCUGACGUCUGCCGUCGUCCGCAUUUCGCAUCGCCUGACCCUGCGGGGCAGGCCAUCCUCUCAUUCCAUCAUCUCGCCCAUCACUCCGCGUUCUGGCACCACACGCGCCGGCGGCGCCGUGCGUGCCGCCUGGGUGUCUGCGCGCGUGCGGCUCGUGGACCCGCCCCCCCCGUGCGCUCCCAAUCGCGUCCAUCGAACCCUCAGAUCGCAGGCCGUCUGGGGCGUGGGGCCGGCGCGCAGCCUAGGCCAUGUCCGCGGACGCUGCUCGGCUGCGCUUCGAUCGAGGCACCGCGGGUCCGCACGCUGCUUCUGCGAGCCUUCUGCGUCUCUGCGUGCCGCAGCUCGGUACUAA